CCUCUCAAUUUCUUCCUCUUUCUGUCAUUUCCAGGUUGCCACUUGGUCACUGCAGACACUAUGCUCUCUCUCAGCUCUCUCCCCAGCACCGCUGUCCCCAGCCUCCCCUCCUCUCCAGGGGGCUGUGCUACUGGGGGACCGAGGGCACGGUCCUCCAGACAGGAGGUGGCGCUGUUCCAGACCCUGCAGGAGGCUCUGAGGGAGAUUGACCUGCCUGAAACACAGGACCUGCCACAGGGUAUGAGUCACUCUGAGAUGUGCAUCUGUGUUUUGGGAUCCCCACUCCCCUACCUCUCUCUGCUGUUAGAGGCAGGCCAACGGAGCCCAGGAGAUGCUCUCCUGUGUCUCUGUCCAUCCUGGCUCUCUCGCUCCUCCUCCCUCCUGGUCCACAAGGCUGUCACCUUUGACCUGGGAGGGCGCACUUUCCUAUCCAACUUCAACCCGCCUCGCAAGGUCACCUACUUCCUGUCAUCUGACCCUUGGGCUAAGGAGGAAAUGACCCGAGAGACAGACUGCCCAAGCGGAGGUUCUGGAGCACUGGGUCAGUUCUGGGGGAAUGUUCUGACCACCAGGGUUCUGCUGCAGAAGGCCAAGAUCCACUGCCCCCCAACCCUGGCCCUUCUGUUACCACCGGGGCAGAUGAGGCUGGAGGAGGGCAGGACAGGAGGGGUGGAGGUGGUGCACCUGGAAAUGGGGGCAGAGGAAGGGAUGAACUCUGUCCGAAACAAGGUGGACAGUUUCCUGGAGUCUGAGAAUAUGAGGGGAUCAGAGAGGGUGGUGCUCAGGUGCAGUGGGGGGAGGUUCGUGGGCGAGGCAACCUCAYCCCCUGUCUACCUGUCCAGGAACAGCAGGGAUGAGGUCUGGGCCAAGGUGAGUUAUCUCCUUCCCCAGCUCCUCCCUGGCGAGGCAGUGCUGCUGGAGGCCUACUGCUCCCCACUGAAGCCUGGGCCACGGGUAGAGGACCGCACCUGGGAACAGUACACCGACUGCAGGCCUCAGGUUCCAGACCUGUCCUUCAGACUGUGUGCCAUAGUAACUCGCUCACCUCUGGACCUGCCUCUCCUCUACAAGUUGGUGUGUAGAGUGGGUGUGUCCGACGAUCCUCUCUCUCACAGCCACUCCCUCUCUCAGUCUUUGGAGACCACCCUAUUAGAGUGCGGUUUCACUGACCCUACCAUGGCAAAAUCUCUCUGCCGCCUAGCACUGGACACCGCCCUGUCCUGCCUCUGUGUUGUCAUGGAAACAGAGUCAAGCAUGUCCGCAGAACAACGCGGUGGAGCGGGUGCCCAGACCGACAUGAUAGGCGUGGACCUCCUUUUCACCAUGGAUGGCUCCAUCAUCAGGCCUGUUAUUUUGGGCCUACAUCCCUCCCUCUGUCUUCACUCCUCCUUCCAAGAGCGAGGGAUGGGGAUGGAGGGAUGCGACAGUGGGAUAGAGGGGUGGAGUAGGGGCACCCUCCUCCUCACCCCCCUCACCCGCUCCCAGUACUACCUGAUGCAGGGGAAAACUGUGCUGGUGGUGGGAGCUGGAGGACACAGUAAGAAGUUCAUCUGGAAAACAGCCAAACAGUACAAACUCAAGAUCCUGCUCGUGGACAGUGACUCUGCCCACUUCGCCUCCCAGUUGGUCGACCACUUCCUCCCCCUGCCAGACCUCCCCGACCAUCGGCGUGACGACCAGCACUGCUCCCGCAUCUGUGAUUGGCUGUUGUCCUCCAGCCUCCGCCCUGACGGCUGCGUGUGCUUCUGGGACGAAUGCGUGGUGCUGACAUCGCUGGUCUGUGAUAGGCUGGGGCUUAGGGGGCCUCCCCCUGAGGCCAUCCGCAUUGCGAAGGAGAAGAGCCGCACCCACAKGCACCUCUUGGGCCUACUGAAGUCUACUGGGACUAACCUGAUCAGUGUUGAGCAGCCCUCCGGUCAGCCAGAUAGCCUGGUUGAGUUUAGAGAGGAUGAGAGGAGAGGUAGACAGCAGAAUGGCAUGGUCAACAUGGAAGGAGAUAGCAUGAGAGCUAUGGCCGAUUUCGACAGGGGGGAUCUCUUCAAUGAGGCAAUGGGCAAACACGACACAACCGCCCCUACCUCUUCCUCCACCUCACCCUCCUCACCCUCCUCACAUUCCUUUGGCACUUUCCGUCCCUCCGCUCCUCUCCUCUCUCCCUCCCCUUCCUCCUAUGCUGUUCCCUGUAUCCACGUGGAGAGCACCCUGGAUCUGGAGAAGGCAGCCAGUGGGGGGGAGGGGGGGCCUGGUGGGGCCAGUGUGGGGGUGGUGAGGUUCCCAGCGGUGAUGAAGCUGGAGUACGGCGCGGGGGCGGUGGGCGUGAGGAAGGUAGGAUCUCUGGAGGAAAGUCUGGCACACUUUGAGAGGAUCGCCGGGGACCUCCGCGAGGAGACAGACUACCCCGGCAUCGGCCUGGGCUGGGGCAACGCCAUGAUCCUCAUGGAGUACGUGGGAGGCACCGAGCACGACGUGGACGUGGUCAUGUUCGACGGGAGACUGGAGGGCGCCUUCGUGUCCGACAACGGCCCCACGCGCACCCCGGCCUUCACCGAGACGGCCGCCCAGAUGCCCUCGGGGCUGGCGCCGGACAAGCGUGCUCAGCUGAUCCGCGCGGCACACCACGCAUGCCUGGGCUGUGGCCUGCGAGACGGCGUGUUCAACGUGGAGCUGAAGAUGACAGAAGUGGGCCCGAGGCUCAUCGAGAUCAACGCCCGCAUGGGCGGCUUCUACCUGUGCGACUGGAUCCGCCAGCUGUACGGCGUGGACCUCCUGAUGGCCGCCUUCAUGGUGUCCUGUGGGGUGCGUCCCUGCCUGCCCUCGGCCACAGCCCUCCCAGCCAGAGGCCACUUUGCUGGGGUGAUGGUGGUGGUGUCACGGCACCUCCAGGCCCUGAAGACGACAGCCAGCCCUGAGCGCCUGAGAGGGCUCCACCAGGAGGGUGCGUUGUGGCUGAACGAGCUGGCAGAGGAGGAUGAACUGAUCUCUGGUGAGUACGAGGAGCCCUUCUGUAAUGUCGGGGUGAGAGAUGCCCACAAUGCCACCAACGCUCGCCAGCGCCUCCUCGCCCUCUGCCAAGGGCUGGGCCUGCACUGUCCUCCACGCUACGACCUGGGCUACUUCCUGUCCCAUUUCAACUAGACAGGAACUCAGGGGGGAGAAGCAGGGUUUGUUCAGGAGGGUGCCAUAUUUACAUUUUAAUCACAGAUCAAAAUAAUACAAAGAGCUGAAACGAUUCCUUACUCUGCAGAAUUAUAUAUAUUAUAUUCCUGCCUGAAUGUUUGUUCACUACAUUGGACCCUUCUGAAUAGAACCCAUGUUUAGCAAGGGUGUGCUGUGUGCAGGGGUUAGUUUAGUUAGCUUAAAAGGUACAUCACAGGAUGAAAAAACACUCCUCAUAUCAAAACAUAUGUUAUCUCAAAAUUGCAAAUUCAGGGACUAAUCAUUCAGGUAGCAGAACCUUUCCAUUUUUAGCACUUAUAUUUUGGGGACCAUCUCAGGAAAAAAAUACAAGUUUAGAAAAGGUAUCUUCAUCAGUGAUUGGGUAGAAUAGGAUAUGGGUGUCUAUCUAUCAGGGUUCAGGAAGUGAUGUGAAUUUAACAUUCAAAUAUGGAAAAACUUAUGGAAAAGCUUCUACUUUUCAGUUUAUUGACAAGUCAUAAAAUAAAAAGAGGCCCUUUGUCCAAUUAUUGAAUUGGAAUUUCAGUUUACUUCCUGAAUUGACAGCCUUCAAUUCAAAUCGACCCCAACCCUGUUAUCUACUAGGUUGUGGCAUCAGCAGUCUACCUUACUACUUCAUAACAUAGUAGGCUGCACAUUGUGACCACAUAGCAGUUGAUUAAUAGCCUACACACUGUGAACACAUAGCAGUUGAUUAAUAACAUAUACACUGUGAACACAUAGCAUUUGAUUAAUAGCCUGUACACUGUGAACAUAGCAGUUGAUUCAUAACCUGCACACUGUGGACACAGCAAUUGAUGAAUAGUUUGCACACUGUGAACACAUAACAGUUGAUUAAUAACAUAUACACUGUGAACACAGCAGUUGAUUAAUAACCUGCACAUUGUGAACACAUAGCAGUUGAUUAAUAGCUUGCACACUGUGGACACAUAGCAGUUGAUUAAUAGCUUGCAGACUGUGGGACACAUAGCAGUUGAUUAAUAGCUUGCAGACUGUGGACACAUAGCAGUUGAUUAAUAACCUGCACACUGUGAACAACAUAGCAGUUGAUUAAUAACCUGCACACUGUUGAACACACAGCAGUUGAUUAAUAACCUGCACACUGUGACACAUAGCAGUUGAUUAAUAACCUGCACACUGUGAACAAUAGCAGUUGAUUAAUAACCUGCACACUGUGGACACAUAGCAGUUGAUUAAUAACCUGCACACUGUGGACACAUAGCAGUGCAGGGUUGGAACAGGUGGGAGGGGGAGUGAUAUUACACAUGCAGUAGGUCAGAGUGUCAUUAGCUAAAUAGUUAUAUGAAGGAAGAGCAGAGGAAGAUUGCAGAUUUUGAGGAAGGGGGUUUGAGGAGAGCAGUGGAAUAGCUGAAACAGGUGGACAGGGGUGACGAUUGCGGAACCUUUUAACUCUUGGCUCAGAGGUGAUGUCUGCGGGGCCAGUGCGUUUGAACUUUUGGGAAAAUGUAGAAUUUAGGAAUGCUGACUCCCAUACAUGUGAAGUUAGAAGUCAUGUGAAAGUUCAUGUCUUAAUUUAAAAGGUUGAGGUGAAAGGUUGUUCCCCCCCAAAAUAACUCACUAACUAAAAAUGAAUGGAAAUUGGGAUUAAAUUCCACCACAUAUUCACACCAAUUUUAGCCCAUAAAACGAAGUGCGUUAUUUUGUUAAUGGGAAAUAAUUUGAGGCAGUUUCACCGUUGCAAUCCUCUUGACCCUGGAACAAGACCUAACCUUGGCAGUUAACGUCUGUGGUGUGGCAUUUGGGGUCUGGUGUCAGACUGACCCAGUAAGCAGGGUGAAACUGAGAUGCCAUACGUAUCCUGGCCACACCACACAACCCCCCCAGACAAGGUUUACAGUGGUCAAAAGGUUGGGGAUUUCCCAUAUCUUCUAUUUCUGACUAUUUGUUUAUGUAUUUCUGAGGUAACAUUUAGGAAAAUAUAGUAAACAUAUUUUUUUUAACCUUUAUUUAACUAGGCAAGUCAGUAAAGAACGACGCUGGGCCAAUUGGGCGCCUCC